CUCUCUCUCUCUCUCUCUCUAUCACAAUUCGUCCUUUCUCUCUCUCUACUGUUACCAGACUGAGCUUGGUCGGGGCAAUUAUAAAAGGGACAGAAAAGCCCUAUUUCCCAUUCUCUUCUUUUACCUGCGCUUCCACCCACAAGGAGAAAGCUCAUUCAUGGCGGUGUUGGGGCACGCUUGGCGCGCCAAGCUCGGCUGACGCUGUUUUCCAUAUUUGGGAAGAAGGCUGACUUGCUGCUCCGCGAGACAUAGGGUUGAAUUUGGGGCUUUCAAAGUAGUCCCGUAAUUUGGGAAUUCCGUGCGGGGCUUGGUUUUGGGGGUUUCUUGGAAGGAAAGAAAUGGUGAGGUUGGGGGGAGCCUUGGUUGAGGAAGCAAAAGAGUUGGUCUGGAACGCCAAUUUAGGGCUCGACAUUAUGGAAGCUGUAGAAGAGGGUUGCCUGAGCUGAAGUUUAUUAUAGUUUGAAACAGCGUUGUAUGUUCGAAAUUUAGACAAGAUAUGAAGCUUUCGACAUCGGGGCUGGGUCAGGGACAGCAUACUCAUGAAGGGGAGAAGAAAUGUUUGAAUUCUGAGCUAUGGCAUGCUUGCGCUGGGCCUCUGGUGUCCCUGCCAACGGUUAGGAGUCGCGUGGUUUACUUCCCUCAGGGUCAUAGUGAGCAGCCAGGUUGCAGCCACAACUAACAAAGAAGUUGAUGCCCACAUACCCAAUUAUCCAAACUUGCCGCCCCAGUUGAUCUGCCAACUGCACAAUGUUACAAUGCACGCAGAUGUUGAAACGGACGAAGUGUAUGCUCAAAUGACCUUGCAGCCCUUGACACCGCAAGAGCAAAAGGAUACAUAUGUUCCUGUGGAACUGGGAGUUCCAAGCAGGCAGCCUACCAAUUAUUUCUGCAAGACCUUAACAGCAAGUGAUACUAGUACUCAUGGAGGGUUCUCUGUUCCUCGGCGUGCUGCAGAAAAAGUUUUUCCUCCACUGGAUUUUUCUCAACAACCACCUUGCCAGGAGCUCAUUGCAAGGGAUCUCCAUGACGUUGAGUGGAAGUUUAGGCACAUUUUCCGAGGGCAGCCCAAACGGCAUCUUCUUACUACGGGAUGGAGCAUAUUUGUCAGUGCCAAGAGACUUGUAGCUGGGGAUUCUGUCCUUUUUAUCUGGAAUGAGAAAAAUCAGCUGCUAUUGGGAAUUCGCCGUGCUAAUCGACCGCUUACUGUGAUGCCAUCAUCUGUUUUAUCCAGUGACAGCAUGCACAUUGGACUACUCGCUGCUGCAGCCCAUGCUACUGCUACUAAUAGCUGUUUCACAAUAUUUUAUCAUCCAAGGGCUAGUCCAUCUGAAUUUGUCAUUCCCCUGUCAAAAUAUAUUAAAGCGGUAUAUCAUACCCGUGUUUCUAUUGGGAUGCGCUUUCGGAUGCUUUUUGAAACUGAAGAAUCAAGUGUUCGUAGAUACAUGGGUACGAUAACUGGCAUUGGCGACCUUGACCUUGUUCGUUGGCCAAAUUCUCACUGGCGAUCUGUGAAGGUUGGCUGGGAUGAGUCAACUGCAGGUGAGAGGCAGCCACGGGUAUCCUUGUGGGAAAUUGAACCUUUGACAACUUUUCCCAUGUAUCCGUCACUCUUUCCUCUCAGGCUGAGACAUCCUUGGUAUCCUGGUGCUUCAUCUUUUCAAGAUGGCAGAGAAAGUGGUGCACUUAAUGGCAUGGCAUGGUUAAGAGGUGAAACUGGAGAGCAAGGACUUAAUUCAGUCAACUUUCAGAAUGUUGGUAUGUUUCCCUGGGCUCAGCAGAGAGUGGAUGCAACAUUUCUCAGAAAUGAUCUUAAUCAGCAGUACCAAGCCAUCUUAGCAGCCGGUUUGCAGAAUAUAGGAGGUGGAGAUUCUCUGAAACCACAAUUUUUGCAGUUGCAGCAACCAUUUCAAUACCUUCAACAUUCUGGCAGCCAAAAUCCAUUGCUGCAGCAGCAAAUAAUUCAGCCACCAAUUCCCUCACAUGUUGCCCAACCACAAAACCAGUCUCUACCAGAGAACAUGCCUAGGCAUAUUCAGCAGCAAGUUACCAGUGAACUAGAUGAACAACCGCAGCAGCGUAAUUACCAGGAUGCCUUCUUAAAUGAUCAGCUCCAGCUGAGGCAUCAGUCUAAUAUUCCAUCUCCUUCAUUUUCAAAAACGGACUUAGCAGAUUCAAAUGCAAAAUUUUCAACAUCUGUCACUCCUGGUAUACAGAAUAUGAUGGGCUCGAGCACUGAAGGAAGUGGAAAUCUUUUCAAUUUCUCAAGAACUGGUCAGUCCAUGCUUAGUGAACCUUCUCAACAAUCAUGGGUAUCAAAGUUCACCCAUUCUGCUGUGAAUGCUUCUGCCAACACAGUGUCACUUCCACCAUAUCCCUGGAAAGACACUGCUGUGGAGCAGGAAAAUUCUAGCUUGGAUGCCCGGAACCAUGCCCAUUUUGGUUCUGAUAUUGACUCUGGACUCCUCCUCCCCGCCACACUUUCCAGUAUUGGUACUUCUUCAGCUAGUACUGAUGCAUCCUCAAUGCCAUUAGGGGCUUCCGCAUUUCAGGGUUCUCUGUAUGGUAUCCAAGAGUCUACUGAUUUGCAUGGUGCAGCACAAAUUGACUCACCUAAUCCUUCCCAGACAUUUGUUAAGGUUUAUAAGUCGGGAUCGGUCGGGCGAUCACUGGACAUCACUCGGUUCAACAGCUACCAUGAGCUGCGAGAGGAGCUGGGUCAGAUGUUCGGGAUUAAGGGGUUGCUAGAAGACCCUCAGAGAUCAGGCUGGCAGCUUGUAUUUGUUGACAGGGAGAAUGAUGUGCUUCUCCUUGGAGACGACCCAUGGGAGGAGUUUGUAAAUAACGUUUGGUAUAUCAAAAUACUUUCACCUGAGGACGUGCAGAAGCUUGGGAAACAAGAAGUCGAAUUGUUCGCCCACAGCACUGGUGAAAGGAUGAUGGAUAGCGGCGAGAGUGAUGGUCGAGACCACCUUUUUUCUGGACUACCUUCUGUCGGCUCCCUUGGAUACUGAAAAUGGCACGUUAAACGCAGCCUCUUGGGAGUCAGUUUGCUCCGGGAGCCAUCGCUCUCCAGUGUUGGGCAUUUUAAUCCAAAUUUGGUUCUUUUGGUUUGUGCGACUCAUCGACCUAUUUGCCAUAAAUUGGUUCAUAUCGUACUCUUUUGCAGAGACUUGUAUUAGUUCUUUUGAUGAAAUACUGAAUGCCAUGGAAGAUGUGUUCUAUCUAUCAGGCUUAAGUUGAAGGAUUAGGGAAAAUGGUACAUCUCUAGCUAAUUUAGACUUCAGCCCUUUAUAAUCAAAGGUAUCAAAUUGGUACUAGGAACUGUGUAAUUUUCACUCUUCUUUUGCAACAUUUGAACUACUCUCUAUGCUCCA